AAUUAAUAAAAGGAUGGCUAGUUUUAAAAUUUCCGCACCGGGUAGAAUUAUCUUAGCCGGAGAACACAUAGCAUUAUAUGGAAAAAAGUUUCUUGCGACCAGCUUAGAUCUUCGUACCCAUCUCGAAUUCUGCGAGCUUCCUAACACGCCAGAAAACAAUAUUAAAAUAGAACUCGUUAAUAUUAAUCUAAAACGGAAUAUAUCUUUAGAAGAAGUUCGGCUUUUCUGUUCUCGUUUUGAUACUGCAGACAUGAUUUCAAAUCCAAUUGACAUGCAUAAAUACGUGGAAUACAUGAUCACCGUUAGAAAGUGUAUGUGGACGACAGACCAGGAGAGAUUUAGCUUACAGAUAUUCUUUUUCUUGCUUUAUUCUAUCUAUUAUCAUGAACAUCUCGAGAUAAAACCUUUUGGCAUAAAAGUGUCCACGGAUAUAGAAAUCCUGGCAGGUCUUGGUAGUUCGACAUCGUUUGCGGUAUGUCUCGCAGCGUGUUUUCUUCAUUGGCAGCGUUUACAGAGUGGUUGUCAUCAUACUGAAUUUAGUGAUGCUGAUUUAGCGUCGAUUAAAAGAUACACUGUAUCAUGCGAAAAAAGUACGCUACACUAUACAUUUCCGGACGUCGAUGCCCACGUUUGCACAUACGGUCAAAUAGUAAAAUGUCAAUGUAUCGAUUACAAAAUGUAUAAUAUAGAUCCCACGAAUAUGAAAGAAAUGGACAUUUUACUGAUCGACUCAAAUUUUUGCCAAGAUACGUACACAGAAACGAAACAAAUCGCAACGCUAAAAGCUAAUACUCCCGAAUUUAAUUCUAUGUUAAAUAGAUUAGAAGUCGCGACAGAAGAUAAAUGUAUUACAGUCUUAAUUCAUUAAGUAAUUCCAUCACACCGAACAAUUUACGUUUAAUGUCUCGGGUCAUGUCAUCCAUUGAGAAUAAUCAACGAUUGUUGGAGAAAUAUAAUUUGUCUGCUGAGAAAUUUGAUGAUAUUUGUCAGAUUGCAACAAGAUAUAAAUUAGCGGGAAAACUUACAGGUUUUACUAUUACUAAAUAUGUAUACGCUCUGCUACCACCAAAGCAGCACUUACAAUUAAAAAAAUUUCAGCAGCACUUACAAUUAAGAAAUUUUAAUUACACAAAGCAAACCAGCAUCAAUUGUAAAGGUGUGAGAAUUGAAAAUUAAUUAUAUCAAAAUUAUCACACACGAUUAUAACUGACUUAAUAAUAACAAAUAUUUAAUUGUGUUUAAAAAGUGUGUGACAAGAUUAUUAAAUUAAUCUCUAUGAUAUUUUAAGGAAAGUAGGACGAACAAUACAUAAUUUUGUUUAAUAAAUACAUAUACAUAUAUUCUAUUGUUAAAAUGUGAAAAAGCUUUAAUAUUCCAAUCGAUUUUUAAAUUCAUAUUUUCAAAACACUGUUAUUAUUAAAAAAAAUGAUCGA